AUGGAAAGCUUACCUUUUCAUCUCCUAGAGGAGAUUCUCUUCAAACUAGAUCCCAAGUCUCUGGUAAUGAUGCAAUGCGCUGAUAAAUCCAUCAAAUCUCAUGUAUCCAAAGAUCCAUAUUUCAAACCCGAAUACUUCCCUCGUCUCGGAUCUGAUUUGCUUCACAUGUCCUCAUUAGGCUCCAACUUGCUCUUCUGCCACUCUAACGAUUCUAGGUCAACCAGAGACAACAACAAAGAUCCUUUAAAGAUCGAGUUCUCUCAUAUUCUCGGAUCUUGUUCCGGACUUCUCCUACUCUUCAUCCACGGUCUCUGCAUGGCGAAUCCCCUCACAAAGAGGUUUCGAUUCCUCGAUCACUCUAAAUCAAACCUUCUCUCUGAUACAGGUCGUAAUCGUCUUAGUCGCAAAAAUAAAAACCGCAUUGGAUUCAUGGCUGAUGGGAUUACUCAGAGAUUCAAUAUCGUAUGCGUACAGGAGCUUAACGCUUCGAAUCCCGACGAAACAAUGUACCGGUUCGAGAUCAACUCGGGAGAUUCCCGCUGGAGAUUAUCGAAAUCUACUGUUACUUGCGGCUCAAGUAACCUCAUGACCGGUAUGAAACCUGUUUACCUAAACGGAUCUCUUCACUGGUUGAGAAACGACGGAAGCAUCGUAGCUUUCGAUCCCGAAACACAGCGAGCAAGGCUGAUUCCGACAAUAUUACCUCAAGGAAUAAUACGCUCGAAGAUCCUGUUCGCCGCUGGAGAUAACAAACUAGCGUUGGUAUCUACGACGGUGGAAGCAAUUUACAUUUUUACCCUCGAGGAGAUUUCGACAGAUCAUCCCAAGUGGGUUCUAGCGAAGCGGAUUGUGAGCUUGGAGGACAAAGAGAAUAUUAACGUUGUAGCUUACGACGGUAAGUGUUUGAUGGUGAGGGAGACGAAGAAGAAAAGUUACGACGGAUUGGUUCAUGGUUACGACUUGAGAGCUAACAAGUGGAGAGUCAUUGGUUCAAUUCCAGGGUCGUGCGAUUCUGCUCAUGAUUUCUAUCAAUUUAAACCGUCUUUCUUCUCUGUGAAAGUGUUGGUGGACGUCAUGACGAUGGUUCAUGAUCAUGAUGAUAAACGCAUGUCUUCUCUAUGCACAAUUAUGAGACUGAUUGAUGAAAUGUCACAUACGCUCAGAACCUGUUGA